AUGAAAACCCAAGAAAACCACAAAGAUGAAGCCCAAAUUCCAAUGAGAUUUCGCAUCUUAAUCUACGCAUUAGAAAGAGGAAUCACGCAGACUGCAUUCAUGCAAGCCUACAACGAAAUACUUUCCGAAGUCGAGAAAACAGAGUACGAUUUAUCACCCGAUGUGCGCCAAUCAAUGAUAGAGCACCAAGUCUGGACGAAAUUUUUUCCUGACGAGAUUGCUCCGCCACCACUCGAAUUUCCAGUCGUGGAGGGAUUCUUCGAUCCGCCAGUCUCCCGAAAAGCAGUUGAGCAAUAUCGGAUCUGGCAAAUAAGUUAUCUCGAUAGUCACCAAAACCAAAAGAGCGAUAGCAAGGCACAGUGCAAUAAGAUGCAGCAGAGUGGGACUCGUCGCCCAAUCCCUGAUACUGGGUCUGUAGAUUCCCAGCUUCGCUACUCCGGCAGUAAUGUGAUUCGCGGCGGAGUCGGAGGAUGCCAGCUUGCUCGGAAUAUACAAUCACGAUCAGAUGCGUUUCGGAGCCCUGCCCUUGUUAAUAGCGAAAUCAUAUCAAUAGGAGAUCCAGCCAUGGAUGACUUGACCAUCACUCCAAAAGUCGAUAAUGAUAAAGCAAGUAUGCCAAACCAGUUAAUUAGAUCUUCGAGAUCCACAUCUCCAAUGAUUGAUCAUCUCAAUCAACAACUCAACGAUCAACAGCCAGGAAUAUCAAAAUCUGAAGCCGAUCUGUUUGAAAGUCAAAGGGUACCGGUUUAA